GGCGAAUCAUCUCAGAGAGAGCCACGUGUAUUUGCUUCUUCCCUUUUCGCCCUGUGACAUGCAGGUCUGGGGAGUCCAUAGGGAGGACGCUGGGACACCCAGAAGCCGGGAGAUGGGGUUGUUGUCAUUCAAGGAUGUGGCCAUAGAAUUCUCUGCAGAGGAGUGGGCAUGCCUAAACUCCCCUCAGCGAAUAUUGUACAGAACUGUGAUGUUGGAGAACCAUAGAAACCUGGUUUUUCUAGGACUUGCUAUCUCUAAGCCAGACCUUAUUAUAUGUCUGGAGCAAAGGAAAGAGCCCUGGGAUGUGAAGAGACAUGGCACAUUAGCAAAAUUUCCAGCUGUGACUUCUCAUUACACUGAAGGCCUUUUGCCAGAGAAGUGCAUAGAAGACUCCCUUGAAAAGGUGUCAAAGGGAAAAUAUGGUAAAUAUGUCCUUAAGAACUUAUACUUACAAAAAUGUUGGGUAAAAUGUGGUAAAACUUUUCGCCCUCAUUCACAUCUUGCUCAACAUACAGUGAUCCAUACUGGAGAGAAAUCCUACAGAUGUGAAGAAUGUGGCAAAGCCUUUCACAUUCAUUCACUCCUUACUCGACAUACAGUGAUCCAUUCUGGAAAGAAACCCUACAAAUGUGAAGAAUGUGGCAAAGCCUUUCACUCUCGUUCACAACUUACUCGACAUACGAUGAUCCAUACUGGAGAGAAACCCUACAAAUGUGGAGAAUGUGGCAAAGCCUUUCACUCUCGUUCACAACUUACUCAACAUACGAUGAUCCAUACUGGAGAGAAACCCUACAAAUGUGAAGAAUGUGGCAAAGCCUUUCACAUUCAUUCACUCCUUACUCGACAUAGAGUGAUCCAUUCUGGAAAGAAACCCUACAAAUGUGAACAAUGUGGCAAAACCUUUCACUCUCAUUCACAACUUACUCGACAUACGAUGAUCCAUACUGGAGAUAAACCCUACAAAUGUGGAGAAUGUGGCAAAGCCUUUCACUUUCGUUCUAUCCUUACUCAACAUACAAUGAUCCAUACUGGAGAGAAACCCUACAAAUGUGAAGAAUGUGGCAAAGCCUUUCGCAUCCGUUCACUCCUUACUCAACAUAUGAUGAUCCAUACUGGAGAGAAACCCUACAAGUGUGAAGAAUGUGGCAAAGCCUUUCACUCUCAUUUCUAUCUUACUGAACAUACAAUGAUCCAUACUGGAGAGAAACCCUACAAAUGUGAAGAAUGUGGCAAAGCCUUUCACAUUCGUUCAAUCCUUACUCGACAUAAGAAGAUCCAUACUGGAGAGAAACCCUACAAAUGCGAAGAAUGUGGCAAAUCCUUUCGCUCUCAAGGAGAAUUUGCUGGACAUAAGACCAUUCACACUGGAGAGAAACCCUAUAAAUGUGCAGAAUGUGGCAAAGCCUUUCACACUCGCUCAAUUCUUACUCGACAUAUGAUGAUCCAUACUGGAGAGAAACCCUACAAAUGUGAAGAAUGUGGCAAAGCCUUUCACUCUCGUUCACUCCUUACUCAACAUAAGGUGAUCCAUACUGGAGAGAAACCCUACAAAUGUGAAGAAUGUGGCAAAGCCUUUAACACUCGCUCAAUUCUUAAUCAACAUACAAUGAUCCAUACUGGAGUGAAACGCUACAAAUGUGAAGAAUGUGGCAAAGCUUUUCACACUCAUUCACACCUUACUCGACAUAAGGUGACACAUACUGGAGAGAAACCCUACAAAUGUGAAGAAUGUGGCAAAGUCUUUCGCACUCGUUCAAACCUUACUCGACAUAAGACCAUUCAUACUGGAGAGAAACCCUAUAAAUGUGAAGAAUGUGGCAAAGCAUUUUAUUCUUGUUUACAUCUUACUCAACAUACAGUGAUCCAUACUGGAGUGAAACGGUACAAAUUGAUCCAUACUGGAGAGAAGCCCUACAAAAGUGCAGAAUGUGGCAGAGACUUUACUCAGAACUUGAGUCUUAUUGUACAUCAGCAUAUCCAUAAUGGAGAGAAAACCUAUAAAUAUGAGGAAUGUGGAUUUGUUGGACAUAAGACCAUCCAUACUCGGGAGAAAUCCUACAAGUGUAAAGAAUAUGGCAAAAGCUUUCACUCUCACAAUGAAUUUGCUGGACACAUGACCAUCCAUGCUAGAAAGAAACCCUACAAAUGCGAAAUACGCAGAAAAGCUUUUCACUCUCAUUCACUACUUGCUUGGCAUGUCAAGAUCCAUACUACUGAGAGACCUUACAAAUGUGAAAAGUAUGGCAAAACUUUUCACACUCAUAAAGAAUUUGCUGGACACAAGACCAUCCAUAGUGGAGAGAAAUCCUACAAACAUGGUGAAUGUGGCAAAACCUUUUUAUUCUCAAAUGAUUUGCUAUACAUAUGA